CAGUGUGACACAAUUACAACAACUUUGAGCCGAUGGUUGGGGAAGUUUAUGAUAUUAUCAAAUUACACCCAGUCGUAAAAAAGCCAACGUUGCAUCCACACCAUGCACACAUCGGCGCCGGGAAUCACGCUGUUAUAAUGAAGCGGGUGGAAGCUAACUUGAAGGGCUCGUUUCCUUGAGGAUUUGGAAAGAAAAAUACGCUACGCCCCGCGCGAGUUGCAGCGAACAAGGUGUGCAACUCCUCCGUUGCUCGUGUCGUCUCGCCAGCCGGGCUCGGCUCCCCGUUGCUUAUUCAACUUGUCCACCAUGAAAUCGUGCGGAGUGUCGCUCGUCCCUGCCGCCGCCACCACCGCCUCCUCUUCGGCUGCUGCGCGGAGCUUGAGCGCCACUGCUAAUGACGAGGAGAAAAUGGCGUCGGCAAAAGCGAGUGAAACCGAGGAGGACUUUCCGACGCUUACGACGCAAGAGAAAGAGCGCCUACUCGGAAUGGACAGUUCACUGUUUGGAUUUCAUAGGCUUCAAGAAGAUGGCGCCAGAACGAAGGCCUUACUGUUAAAGGCUCUUAGCUGCUAUAACAACCUCAUCCUGAAAGCAGAAGGGAAAGUAGAUCCUGACAUUUUCUGCCAACUCGGCCAUUUCCACCUCUUGUUGGAGGACUAUCCAAAAGCAUUAUCUGCAUACCAGCGGUACUUCACUUUACAGCCGGACUACUGGAAGAAUGCUGCCUUUUUAUACGGGCUCGGCUUGGUCUACUUCCAUUACAAUGCAUUUCAGUGGGCAAUCAAGGCGUUUCAGGAGGUGCUCUACAUUGAUCCCGGUUUCUCUCGAGCUAAAGAGAUUCACCUGCGACUUGGACUCAUGUUUAAAGUCAACACAGACCACGAGUCCAGCUUAAAGCAUUUUCAGCUGGCUUUGAUCGACUCAAACCUCUGCACUUUGUCCAAGGCUGAAAUUCAGUUCCACAUUGCUCAUUUGUAUGAGAUUCAGAAGAAAUAUCGAGCAGCGAAAGAAGCUUAUGAAAGUCUAUUGCAGACGGACAAUCUUCCUGCUCAGGUGAAGGCGACCACACUGCAACAGCUUGGCUGGAUGCAUCACACGGUGGAGCAGCUUGGGGAUAAAGGCACCAAGGACAGCUAUGCCAUCCAGUGUCUGCAGAAGUCUUUAGAAGCAGACCCAAACUCUGGCCAGUCCUGGUACUAUCUUGGCAGGUGCUACUCUAGUAUUGGCAAAGUGCAGGAUGCAUUCAUCUCCUAUCGUCAAUCCAUCGAUAAGUCAGAGGCCAGCGCUGACACCUGGUGCUCCAUAGGGGUGCUCUACCAGCAGCAAAACCAGCCUAUGGACGCGCUGCAGGCCUACAUCUGCGCCGUACAACUGGACCACAACCACGCUGCUGCCUGGAUGGACUUGGGCACACUUUAUGAGAGCUGCGGACAGCCGCACGACGCCAUCAAGUGCUACGUCAAUGCCACGCGCAGCAAGGCCUGUGUCAACACUGCCGCGCUUGCUCAACGCAUCAAGCUGCUGCAGGCUCAAUUGUGUAACCUACAGCCAGGUAGUCUGCAGAAUAAGAGUAAAAUGCUCCCUAGUAUUGAGGAGGCGUGGAGCCUGCCCAUCCCUGCUGAGCUCACGUCCAGGCAGGGGGCCUUGAACGCUGCACAGGCACAGCAGGCUUGUAAGGGGGAGCUAGCCCAAAGCACCAGCAAUCACAGCGACCUACAGGCCAGUCCUGCCAAAAAGAAACGCACUGCCAGCCCAGCCAAAAGUGUUGCGGACUUGUGUCCAAACAGCGCCAAUCAACAGCCGGUUCACAGCUGGUACCUUACGCCGCAGAAGCUUCAGCUUCUGGAACACUUGCGAACUAACAGAGCCAUCCUCAAGCCCCUCCAGGUGCAGAUGCUGGAUCAGCUGGAGAACCAGUUUUCACUCAUGCAGCAGCAUCAACAGCAGGUGAGGCAGCAGGCAAUGGCGGGUGCCCAACUGCAGCCCAGCCUUUCCAACGGUCCUCAGGCCAAGUCUCCCAACUGCCGCGAAGGCCCCCCCUGCUCCUCCCCCCUGAAUCAGGCAGCCAUCAGACCACCGUGUGCCGUCCAGCCUAGGGCCAACGGGUCAUGCUCAAGUCCAUCAUCUGGGCCACUCGACACCCAGUCUCCUGGCGGGGACCACGCGAUGGUGUCGGGAGGUGGCAGCACAAGCAACGGAAACGUGCCUUACGCGCAGCAGAACUCUCUACCUCACAACUGCACAGCCGUCAGUCACCCCAGCACCAGCAGCGCUAGUCCCGCUCAUUCAGACGAGACAUGGAGGAGCCCAAAUCGCAGCGCUAACACUCAGGGGCUUCACAAAGGUCCAGGUUCACAUUCGGCAGGUCCCAAUGGAGAACCCCCUUUCUCUUCCUCCUCCUCCUCCCCGCAGACCUCAUUCUCUUCCUCGGCUAUUCUCAAUCAGGUGGGACAUUCUUCUGGGCCCUGCACUGCCUCAUCCUCUGCCUCCUCCUUAUCCCCCACCUCUCCCAGGUCCACCCCCAACCACUUGUCCUCGCCUCCCCACUCCAUCACUACCUCAGGGCUCCACACCAAAGACAAUGCGCCUUCUGGGGGUAACACGGGAGCAGCCGCCUCUCUGACGUUGGGUCCAGAAACCGUCACUGCUGCAGGGAUCACCCCAAAUCCCGGCGCCACUCCUACGCAGGGAUUGACUAAUCACAUCCAGCUGCGGGUGACAGACAGACCUGGCUCUCCAGCCCCCAGUGCGUCCAUUAUAGACAAUCCUCCACUCUCAGGCUUGCAAAAGGGAAAAGCCACCACCACCACCACCACGAAUGACGAUAAUAAUAACUGUAAUAACCACGGAGGGCCUUUCUCAGCAAAAAUCAACAAUGUCCACGCGGAUGCUGCCAAUGCUGUGUCGGAGAACUUCUUAGCAUCCUCGCCAAUGUCCACCACCACUACUACCGCUGUGCAAUCUCCCAAUAGCCUCUCCUGCCUUAACAACCAGACCGACAGUCAGGGGCCCACAGUGAAUGGGAAAGAGGACUCUCACAGCCCACAAAAGGUGGAGACUCCAGAAAGGGUUCCGCACAGACACUUGGCCCCUGCUGGCCUGGCUCCCUGGUCUUCUGUGUCCAUCUACCCCAGCUCCAGUGAGGUGCUCAAAGCGUGCAGAAACCUGGGCAAGAACGGUCUGUCGACAAGCAGCAUCAUCCUGGACAAGUGCCCGCCGCCACGCCCCCCGAGCACCCCCUCCCCUACCCUGCCAAAGGACAAGCUCAACCCGCCGACGCCCAGUAUUUAUUUGGAAAACAAAAGGGAUGCUUUUUACCCUCCUCUCCAUCAGUUCUGCACCAACGCGUCUAACUCUGUGACAGUCAUCAGGGGUUUGGCAGGAGCCCUUAAACUAGACUUGGGCCUUUUCUCCACCAAGACGCUAGUGGAGGCCAAUCCCGACCAUCUGGUGGAAGUGCGUACCCAACUGGCUCAGCCUACCGACGAGAACUGGGACCCCAGCGGCAGCCGCAAGAUGUGGCGCUGUGAGAGCAGCCGCUCACACACCACGAUCAUCAAGUACGCCCAGUACCAGGCCUCGUCUUUCCAGGAGUCGCUACGGGAGGAGAAUGAGAAGAAAAAGGAGAUGGAAGUAGAGGCAGCCUCAUCUGACAGUCGGCGAAGGAAAUGUCCUUUCAAGCACAUCAAGUUUGGCACCAACAUAGACCUCUCGGAUGAAAAAAAAUGGAAGCAGCAACUUCAGGAGCUGACAAAGCUGCCAGCCUUCGCACGGGUGGUAUCAGCGGGCAACCUGCUCAGCCACGUGGGACACACCAUCCUGGGCAUGAACACGGUGCAGCUCUACAUGAAGGUUCCUGGGAGCAGGACACCAGGUCACCAAGAGAACAAUAACUUCUGUUCGGUAAACAUCAACAUCGGCCCUGGUGACUGCGAAUGGUUUGCUGUGCCCGAACCAUAUUGGGGCGUCAUCAAUAGCUUCUGUGAAAAGAACAACAUCAACUUUCUGAUGGGCUCCUGGUGGCCAAACCUGGAAGACCUGUAUGCCACCAACGUGCCCGUGUACCGCUUCAUCCAGCGCCCCGGGGACCUGGUGUGGCUCAACACAGGCACCAUCCACUGGGUUCAGGCUAUUGGCUGGUGCAACAACAUUGCGUGGAACGUGGGACCCCUCACAGCCCAUCAGUACAAGCUGGCCGUAGAGCGCUACGAGUGGAAUAAGCUGCAGAGUGUCAAGUCCAUUGUUCCCAUGAUCCACCUCUCCUGGAACCUGGCCCGCAACAUCAAAGUGUCCGACCACAAGCUCUUUGAGAUGAUCAAGUAUUGCUUGCUGCGGACUCUAAAGCAGUGUCAGAUGCAGCGAGAGCUUUUGUUGGCCGGUGGGAAGGAGUUAGUGUGGCACGGCCGCACCCAGAAUGAGCCUGCGCACUACUGCAGUAUUUGUGAGGUGGAGGUGUACGACCUGCUCUUUGUGACCAGUGAGAGCAACAGCAGGAAGACCUACGUGGUGCACUGUCAGGACUGUGCCCGCAGGGGGAGCCCCAACCUGGACAAUUUUGUGGUGCUGGAGCAGUACAAGGUUGACGAGCUCAUGCAGGUCUAUGACAGCUUCACUCUGGUAAGUGCGUCUGACAGAGCAAUACGUAAGCCGCUUUCCCGUGACACUUUUUGGGGAUCGUACAGUCACAGUUCCUCAGGACCUCCAACCUAGUUCUAGAACACAAGCCCAGGAAGGUCAUGACAUCACUGUCAUCUAAUUGGCCAGCAGAUUUAGGCGUUUUCCAUGAAGUGAUGCAGCAAGGAACCUGACCGCAACACACCCAUGUAUUUAUUUAUUUGGGGCUGGAAUUGUAUUUUCAAUCUGAAAUCAUUUUAUUGAUUGCAUACCAGUUGAUGGUCGGCAAAGUAUUACCACACGCUUCCAUGUGUUCUUGAAUGUAGCAGGGUGUCGCAUAACGCGUGUUCUUCUCCCACGUGUACUCAUUUGGCGUUUGGUUUUAGCAGCCAAUUCACUAGUCAAAUUGAGUCACUGCCGAUUUCGUACUCGUGUUUGAUUUGUGUUGAGAUUUUGACGGAAGGAACAUUUAAUAGAUUCUCUCCAAAGGUUUGAAAGACCCUGAACGACAUCAUUUUACAAAGCCACCAUUUUGUUUUGUUCUUUUUUUCCUCCGUACACGGUGUCAGCGCAUUUAACUGAUAAUUAGUCGUUUUCUCCUCAUAGGCGAGUCCAUUGCCUUCCUCGUCUUGACGCUGAUGUUCUUCUGGACAUUUUUUUCUAUCCACGCAUCUUUUCAUUGUCGUCGUCAAUCUCAUUUAGGAAGUAAGCCGUCAGUCCUCUUAAAGCUCGCUCUGUAGCGUUUUCCCAAGGCAGCUAGCUGUGCGUAAGCUGCGCGUCUAUGCAACUCGCCUCCCCCCCCAGUGGACUGGAGGGGGGGAAGGCAGCUCCUCCUAAAGACUGUUCCACUGCUGGACUCCCAACAUGAAAUCUAAGAGUUGUACAUAUUAUAUGGUUUCAAACCACCCGACUACUGACUCUUUGGUUCUCAGUUCUUUUUUUGUUCCGUUUGCCAUCACCUAGCUGGUCUUUUUUAUAUGUUAGUAUAAAUAAAUGAACAUGUUUGUAAUGUGAACAGUUGAGUGAUGAAGUCUUGGCGACAUUUCCCCUUUUUUUUUUUUAUAUAUAUAAUUUUGCUGGAACGAUGUUGAUAAAUCAUUUGUAGACACAAGGCCACGUCACAGAGAAAAAGGGUUGCACAUAGGUUUUUUGUUUUUUUUUGUAAAUGUACACUAUUUAUAAAUGCAUAUUUAUUGCUUGGAAAUAUUUGUUGAUGGAAUGCUGUUUUAUUUUUUCCCUUUUUCAAUUUGCUCUCCAGAAUACCUGCCAUUACAUUUAAAGGAGCUUUGUGAUUUUUGAGCAGAGCUCCUGUGUUUUGUAUAGAAAUAAAAAUGCUUACAAAGCAUCGUGCAGAGACCUGAUCUUCAAUUGGGUUUGUUGUUUGAAGGAUGUUUUAUGCGUCAAUAAAUGAAUUGUCUAUUAA